UGGAGGGAGCAGGCGAGGCCUGGAAGGAGCCAUGAGCACGGCGGGCCGGGGUUGGCAGCAGGCAGGGGCCGAGUUGGGAACCGUGAGCCUGAGGCGGUGCCCCAAGGGCCGUUCAGGGGACUUGACAGCGCUCGGGCGGCCUUUACCAACCCGCCAGCACUCCCCCGCAGACGUCCUUGUCGGUGGACAGCCCUUCGAGUCAGGCCCGCUCCCCGCGCCUGCAGUGCCUGAGCUCGCGGAACUUGCUGCGAGCCCAGGGCCGCGCGUGCGGAGUGCGUGCUGCUGGGCGGGCCGGGGGGGCCCCAGUCCUGCCGGACACGCCGCGGCGGGAGCGGUCGGAGGACAGGACGUAGGCUCCACGGGGUGUCUGCACUGUUGAUGCGUGUCCACCAGAGAGUGCGCCCUGCGUGCUGCAAGCUCUCCAGGAUAAGUGGUCCUCAGAGGUACAAGAUGUGCCUUAAUAAUGCUUUGACCCCUGCCCUAGGAGUCAGUAACAUGGUAGCUAAGCUUGCCAAAACCUGCACUCUGCGCAUCACCCCAGAUAAGUUGAACUUCAUGCUUUCGGACAAGCUGGCCAGUGGAGGAGUGAGCAUGUGGUGCGAGCUGGAGCAGGAAAACUUCUUCAGCGAAUUUCAAAUGGAGGGUGUCUCAGCGGAAAACAAUGCGAUUUAUUUAGACCUAACAUCAGAAAACUUAUCUCGAGCUUUGAAAACUGCCCAGAAUGCCAGAGCCUUGAAGAUCAAGCUGACUAAUAAACACUUCCCCUGCCUCACAGUCUCUCUAGAGCUAUUAUCUGUGUCCAAUAGUAGCCGCGUUGUGACGCAUGACAUUCCUGUCAAGGUUAUUCCGAGAAAACUGUGGAAGGACUUGCAUGAGCCAGUGGUCCCAGAUGCUGAUGUUUGUAUUUAUUUACCAGUCUUGAAGACUAUGAAGAGUGUUGUGGAGAAAAUGAGGAACAUCAGCGAUCACCUUGUUAUUGAAGCAAACCGAAAUGGAGAAUUGAACUUGAAGAUAGAAACUGAAUUAGUAUGUGUGACAACUCAUUUUAAAGAUCUGGGAAAUCCUCCAUUAGCCUCUGGAAGUGCCUCUCAAGACAGAAACCCAGAACAGAUGGCCGAAGUGCGUAUCGACAUCAAGAAGCUCCUGCAGUUUCUUGCUGGACAACAAGUGAAUCCAACAAAGGCCUGCUGCAAUAUUGUGAAUCACAAGAUUAUCCAUUUUGAUUUGCUUCAUGAAGAUGUCUCCCUGCAGUACUUCAUCCCGGCACUGUCCUAGCUCCACCUCAGCAGAGACCUUUAUCCUGAGGGUGAGGCAGUGGGGGUGUGUCCUGAGCGCUCUGCCUGUGUCCUUGGAGCACCACCAAACUAGACUGUGUGCUUACGUCUCCCCCUGUGAUACCUUAGCUAAAAGUUGAAUGGAUGAAACACAGUUGGGUAAACAUGUGAGUUCAUAUUACUCAUAUUUGCUUUGUUUUGCUUUUAAGACAUUGGAAAGUUAGGAUUUAUUUACCCAGACUUUAAGUAGCAGUUUUGUACUGAAGUUGUAAAAGUCCUCACAUAUUCAGAGUUGGUGUAGUCAUCAGAACUAACCAAGGGGUCGGCCCUGGAGCUCAGCGCUCUCCCUUGCAACAUGUGGUAGCACUGCCAGUAGCUCUUGUGCUGCAGCCUGCUCAACCCGUCCUUGCUCCUGUCCCGUCGCCUCGACUGGUGCCAUUACGAGAGGACUGUUGUUUUGGAGGCUCUGUCAGCCUCUGGAAGACUUGAGCCUGCUCUGAGCUCAUCCUACAUUCCUCUCAACUUCUCCCUGCAGCCAGUUCGGGUCUUUGGUUUUAAUUCCUCAUAGUUCUUUAUUCCAUGGUGCCUCAGCUUUGUCAUCCUAGGAAGAAUGCCUCUGGAGUAGGAACAAAGGACACUUGGCGAGGUUGCACCUGUGUUAAGUGGCGAGCUCAUGUUUGUGUUGUUCUGUCAGAGCUGGCUCAGUGCGAUGGCUGCUUUCUCCUUCCUGAAGCCUACCUGCCAGGACUCUGGUUGCAGCAAGAUCUCAUCUAGACCAUGAAGGUGGACUUCAUGCACAUCGUCCUAAUAUUAUAUUGCAAAGUCAGAUCUAAGCUGCUUAAGACAAAAUGAAGAAAUGAAAACUCACCAAAAGAAAAACUUGGGGGUGUUUUUCUAUUAUUUGGUAAAACCAAUGAGUUUGUAUGACUCUUCUGAUGUUUAAUAAUGUUUCAAUAGGACAUAAUAUUUUGUGAAACUCAUAUUUUGAAAUCAUCUCCUUUCUUUGUCUUAUAAAAAAAAUUAAUUCCGGCUACAGUGACAAACCAUAAAAAACCAUAAUGCAAAAUGAAACAAUAUCUGAAAAUAGUUUAUAAAAUUUUAUUUCUGUUAAAGAAAAGGUAUUGGUGAUUUACAUUUGGUUUGUAUAAUGUUUAUUAUCAAAUACGAGAGGAAUUUUAAAAGUUCAUGGAAAAAUGGAAUUAAGGUGAGAUUAUUGUAGUAGAAAAGAUUUUGAAAUCCACGUAUACUUUUCUCACAGUUGCAUCUUUCACGAACUUUUUGAAGACCCCCACAUCUGGCUGGUUUUAAUGAUUUUAUGGGUGUCCAGGAUUUCUUCUCUGAAUGUAACUAGAGAAGCCUGGAUUGGGAGCAAACAAGCUUGCGUCUGUUUCUGAUUCUGUUAAAACUUGCUUUGAGCCCCACCUGCUUGUGGCUCAAAGCAUUGCCAGGUGCUCGGCGGGAGUGAUGGAAGGCCCCGACUGCCCAGGUACAGUGCUACUUGUGGAGCAGUACAAUGCGUGGCAUUUUGUUGGGUCAGGAUAUAGCUGUUUGUACAUCUAAAGGAGCAAA